AUGAUGCUCACGAAAGAAACUGUACCAGGAUUCCGCAUUCUUUCGCCAGCUUCCUCUUUACCUGACAACAUCACAAACAUGGCUGACGAAGAAAAGGAUACGACAAUAGUCUGCGGCGAGAGUACACAAACACCAAAAGAGAAUGCAAUAGAGUCGUCUCCUCUAUCAGCAGUGCCUGAUUCAAGAUUUGAUGAUACACCGACCUCCAAGGCUCAUCAACUACCAAACACCACUGCAACUUCUCCAAACGACCAGGAGACAAGCCCGACCACCACGCCAAAAAGUGCCAAGAAGGCCAAAGCCAGGAAGAGAGUCGUUGUGAAGAAGACAGCGAAAAAAUCGAAAUGGAAUGCAGGCAAUAUUUUGACUGACCAAAGAUCGCCUCUAGCUUCCGCCGAUCUCAGAAGCAUAUUGUCAAAUCCCAUGGCCUGGGACGUUCUCGACAAAGAAGAGAAGGCGGAGAUCCUGGCACUUUUCCCAGACUCUGAGCAUAUUCUGGAAGCCGGCACAGAAAAUGCAUGUCCCGACUUUGCGUCGCUCAUGAACGACGACAGCUUCCGCCGCGACUGCGCAGCUUAUACAGAGAACAUCGCACAAGGUCGGCAUGACCCCGAGUGGCUGGCCGAGGCUUGGUCAGCACACGAGAGACGGAAAAUGGGCGACUUUGACGAGUAUUUGGACAACAAAUUCAAGGACGACUGGGAUGUUGAGCUCCCGCCAGAGUUUAAGAAGAAGCGAGGCCCUGCUGUGUCGAAUGAAGAAGGCGACGUCAAGAUGGAAGAUGCCGAGCCCAAGACCAACGGAAAUGAGUUUGAAGCGAAUGCUAGUUUGGCGAACAGCACACCAAAUGAGCAGAAGGACAAAAAACCUGAGAUGGACUCUGGGGUAGAUGCACUACCUCAAGGUGACGCUGUGCAAGAGGAACCGACAGUUGUGGCUGAUGGACAUCGGGAAGACACUGCAAUGGAGGUUGAUGGCGAAGACACAAAGAAUGAGUUGAAGCUCGUUGAUGGAAAGUGA